AUGGCUGCAGGUUCUUCCUCUAACACCUCUGUUAGUGGACGCUUUCUUGAUGCUGAUAAGGAACGUUUAAUACUUUCACUUCCACUGGACGGAUAUGCGAAAAAACCUUUGGUAACGUUGAAAGAAGCAGUUAUACCGCUGGCAAAAAUAAUUGAUAAUGUGGAAUCACGUGUUUGGGUAUCGAUGGAGAGAAGUAACAGUCCGGCAGACGGUCUCGAGCAGAAUGAAUCAGCUGCCAUACGCCUCUAUACAAUUGAAUGGAGCGAGGAAAAUCAAAGCCUCUAUAAUGUAUUAAAUGAAACGCUUCGUCUUGAGGAUCGAAAGAAACUAAUACCGUGGUUUUCUUACUUGAAGCUCAUUCUUACUGCUCUUUUCAAAUUAGCGUGGUUUCGUGGAACUGUCUGGCGUGGUGUAAAAACCGAUCUUUACAAUCUAUACGAAGUUGGUAGCCAUAUCACGUGGUGGGCAUUUAGUUCGUGUAGUCAGUCCAGGGAGAUUGCAGAAACUCAAUUCCUAGACUCAUCACGUGUUAGUACUCUAUUUCAAAUCGAAUGCUUGAAUGGAAAAAGCAUCCAGCGUCAUUCUCUUUAUGAAGAUGAAAAUGAAAUAUUACUUCUUCCCUGCAGUUAUUUUGAAGUAGUUAAGAAGGUGAAGAUAACUAACAAUGGCUUGUGUAUGAUUUAUUUACGUGAAUUAAUGCCACCCUUCACGUUGCUAGAGCCUCCAUUUCCUAUUAAUGAAAAUUCUUCACAGCUGAUGACUGCCACUAACAACAAGAAUACACCAAUAUUGACUGGUAAGAGUCGUGUAGGCGAAUGUCGAAUAUAG